GAGGGAUAAGGAAAAGAGAAGAGAAGGGAAGAGAAGGAGAGAAAGGGUCUCGUGAAGCAGCAGGUGAAAGAAGGAAAGAAGAAAGAAAGAAAAGCUUCUCUUUCUUUCUUUCUCUCUCCUCUCCAAUCUCUCUCUCUCUCUGUAUACUUUUCAACACCCACAUUCAUUCCUUGCUUCCUCCUUUCUAAUCACGAGAUCCCCAUCUCUCUCUCUCUCUCUGGCUCUCUCUCUCUCUCUCUCUAUGUCUUCUUCUUCUACAGAGCCUUUCUGGUAUCGCUCUUCUCUACGACCUUGUCAUUGGCAUUUUCGCUGUGGUUACAGACACUGAUAAAAGAAGGAGAUUUUCCUCUCUUUUUUUUCUUUUUCUUUUUUUUUUUAAAAUUUAAUUUUAGGGUCAGACUCUGAAAAUGUCUGACGGUAACAUCGCAAGAAAACCCUAUCCUGAGAAUGUCUCAGAUGCCCUCUCCGACCGCUUCCAAAAUGCAUUGAGUUGCGAGAACAACAAACCCGAUUUCAAGGAGCUGGAUCUCGGGUCCCCCGUCUCCCCUCUUCGGACCCACCUACGCGGCGGCGGGCCAUCAUCGACGCUGAUCACGACAACCAGCAGCAGCUCCAGUUCAUCCGGUUCCGUCUCCGGCAAGACCGUGGCCAAUGCUGCUGCCGUCGCGAAGCGAUCCGACGGUGGGAGUCACUCGGGCGAGCUCUCGGCCGGGUCCAGCGAAGGCAGCCCGACAGCGGCCGAGAGCGCCCGGUCCGCUCGAGGUUUGAGGCCCGGGCAUUUGAGAUCGAAUUCCGCUGGGACCCCUUUGAUAUACUCCGGCGGCAGUGGCGGCAGUAGCUCCGUGAAUUCUCCGAAUGCAGUGUGCCUUCCGACGGGGAAUAUCUGUCCGUCGGGGAAGAUUGGGAAGACGGGCAUGGCGUGCCGGGCGAGGAGCGACGUGCUAGGGUCUGGGACGGGGAAUUACGGGCACGGGAGCAUAAUGCGGGGCCCCGUGAAGUCGGGCGGAGAUGCUCCGGCCACGGGCCCCACCGGCGUGACGGGGAACAUACAGUUUGCCGGGGAGUCUGUGAUGGUGAGGCGGGCCAUGGCCAGCUCUGAUCCGGAGGAGGUGAAACGGGCUGGGAAUGAGCAGUAUAAGAGGGGGCAUUUCGCCGAGGCGUUGUGCUUGUACGACAGGGCGAUCGCCAUCUCGCCCGACAAUGCGGCUUGCAGGAGCAACAGGGCUGCCGCUCUGAUUGCCCUCGGGCGGCUGGCGGAGGCUGUGAGGGAGUGCGAGGAGGCAGUGAGGUUGGAUCCUGGGUAUGGUCGGGCGCAUCAACGGUUGGCGUCGCUGCAUCUGCGGCUAGGGCUGGUUGAGAAUGCUCGGAGACACGUCUUCAUGGGGCAGAAGCCAGAUGGUGGGGAGUUGCAGAAGUUGCAAGCAGUGGAGAGGCAUUUGAGUAGAUGUGCAGAUGCUCGGAAAAUUGGAGACUGGAAGAGCACAUUGAGGGAAGGUGAUGCAGCUAUUGCCGCUGGGGCAGAUUCCUGCCCUCAGCUUUUCGCAUCUAGAGCAGAAUCCCUGCUGAAGCUCCAUCAACUUGAAGAGGCUGAUUCUGCAUUGCUGAGUAUCCCCAAAUUUGAACAGUUUCCCCCAUCAUGCACGCAGAUCAAGUUCUUUGGAAUGCUAUGUGAUUCUUACCCUUUCUUCGUCCGAGCCCAGGUCGAAAUGGCAUUUGGAAGGUUUGAGAAUGCUGUUGCGGCUGCCGAGAAAGCUGGCCAGAUUGAUCCUCGAAACAUUGAAGUUGCAGUAAUGCUGAACAAUGUGAGAUCAGUAGCAAGAGCCCGGGCCCGUGGGAAUGAUCUCUUCAAUUCUGGCAAGUUUGCAGAGGCCUGUGUUGCUUAUGGAGAAGGCCUUAAAUUCGAUCCUUCCAACCCUGUUCUCUAUUGUAAUAGAGCGGCUUGCAGGUCCAAGCUUGGACAAUGGGAGCGAUCAGUUGAAGAUUGUAAUGAAGCUCUAAGGAUCCAACCCAAUUACACCAAAGCUCUUCUCCGUCGGGCUGCUUCCAAUGGCAAGCUUGAACGGUGGGCUGACUCUGUACGAGAUUAUGAGAUUUUGAGGAAGGAACUUCCAGGUGAUAAAGAGGUAGCCGAAGCUCUCUUCCAUGCACAAGUUGCAUUGAAAAAAUCACGUGGUGAGGAGGUUUAUAAUAUGAAGUUUGGUGGUGAAGUUGAGGAAAUUUCAGACAUCGAUCAGUUCAGAGCGGCAAUAUCUUCACCUGGAGUUUCGGUAGUUCAUUUUAUGGUGGCAUCGAACCAGCAAUGCGAGCAGAUAUCCCCAUUUGUGGACAUGCUAUGUGUCAGAUACCCUUCUGUGAAUUUUCUCAAGGUGGACGUUAAUGAGAGCCCGGCAGUGGCCAAGGUGGAGAACGUGAGGAUAGUUCCUACGUUCAAGAUUUACAAAAGCGGGACACGGGUGAAGGAGAUGAUCUGUCCAAGCCCGCAGGUAUUGGAGUACUCGGUGAGGCAUUACAGCUUCUAGGCGCUUCUAGAUCCAUACAGUUUUUUAUUCUUCCAUGUUUUUUUUCCGCGCAAACCCCACAUCACCCAUCUUCCCUGAUUCAUACCAAACUCCAAUCCUGUCACAAAAACCAGCUGCAUAAUAAUUUCACAGAGCCGAAGCCGGAACCAGAGCGACAGUCAGUUUUUCGUUCAGCCCGUUUAUUUAUUCUUUUCCAUUUUUGUCACUCUGGUUUUUUAUUUCCUUUCCCUCUGCUUAGGCCAGCCUUAUUGUUAUACUCCCACCUUCCUCAUAUUGAGAAAAAAAGCUGAGAGAUGAGGAUGUACAAUUAAUUGGCUUUUGUAUUACAAAUUGAGGGAUGAGAGAGAGAGAGAGAGAGAGAGAGAGAGAGAGAGAGAGAGAGAGAGAGAGAUGGUAGAGAUUGUGUACAUGUAUAUAAAAUCAUAUACCAAUAUUGGGGAGCCAUGAGUGAUUGGGAUUGUCUGGUGGUACUUAAGUGGGGUAGUGAGAGGAUGAUGAUGAUGCUGUUGUUGCUGCUGAUGCUCUCUACCAUUUUAUGAAUAAAAACUUCAAUUUUUUU